CAGUUUACUCUCAUUGUCACCAAGUAGUGCUACUUAGUGUAUGACAUUGGAGAGAAACAACUAUAUGCCUCUGGGAGGGGAGGCGAGGACCGCGAUUCCACCACGCCUUCCUCAUGUCAAAACAGCAGUGUACUCACUCAUCCACUCCACGCAGAGUCAAACUGCAACUGACAAGGAUCUCCAAUGGCGACGCACUCUGCACAGAAGAACUGUGCUCUUCUUUUGCUGCUUUCGAUCCUGUCUGUGUCACUUACUACGCAAGAUGAUGACCUUAUAGUCAAUACUCGCAAUGGGAAAGUCCAAGGAAAACAGCUUUCCGUGCUCGAUGGUAAUAUCCGAGCCUUCCUUGGCAUUCCAUUUGCAAAACCACCACUUGGCAAUCUGAGGUUCAGAGAUCCAGAGCCUGCAGAAAGAUGGGAGGGGGUGUUGGAUGCCACUAACUAUGCAAAGUCAUGCUACCAGAUUCCCGAUACAUCCUAUCCAGGUUUCAGGGGUGCAGAGAUGUGGAACCCAAACACUAAAUUAAGCGAGGACUGCCUCUAUCUAAAUAUCUGGACCCCUUAUAACAAAGCUAGUCAGAGUUCACUGGCUCCUGUCCUUGUCUGGAUCUAUGGAGGGGCGUUUCUUUCAGGAACAUCCUCUCUGGAUAUUUAUGAUGGCCGAUACCUGAGUAAAGUUGAAGGUGUUGUUGUCAUAUCAAUGAAUUACAGAAUUGGUCCACUUGGCUUUUUGGCUUUGCCUGACAACAACAUUCGAGGCAAUGCAGGUCUCCUCGACCAGCGCUUAGCCCUUCAAUGGGUAGCCAAUAAUAUUGCCGCUUUUGGGGGUGAUCCUUCACAGGUCACAAUUUUUGGGGAGAGCGCUGGGGCUGCAUCUGUCGGCUUCCACCUCCUCUCCCCGGGUAGUCAUGACCUUUUCCAAAGGGCUGUCAUGCAGAGUGGUUCCCCGAAUGCACCGUGGGCCUCAAUCAACAAGACAGUUGCACAUGAAAGGUCCAUGAUGCUGUCUACAUUAAUCGGCUGCUCCACGUCUUAUCCACCUUAUCUGGACAUCUGUUUAAAAUCGACGGAUCCUUGGGUGAUAACCUCAAAGCAAUUUGAUGUUCUCACACAGCCCAGUAUACUGUCCAUUCCAUUUCCACCAGUUGUGGAUGGGUACUUCCUACCCGAUGAAGUUGAGAUUUUGCUACAAAGUAAUGCACAUCCAAAGAAAGAAGUGUUGCUUGGAUUAAACAAGAAUGAAGGGACCUACUUUUUAGUUUAUGGGAUGCCAGGAUUUAACAUCACUGGUGAGAGUCUCAUCACCAGGAAGGAGUUCAUGGAAGGAGUGCGGCUGGCUAUGGCAGGCUUUGACGCUUUUGCAGAAGAAGAAGUCGUUUUCCACUACACCGAUUGGGCGGACGAGCAUAAUGGCAUGAAAAACCGUGACUCCCUGGGGAAUCUGGUUGGGGACCGUUUUUUUGUUUCUCCUUUGUUAGAGUUUGCUCGCAGGUACACACACCAGGGAGGUAAAACAUUCCUAUAUUCUUUUGACCACCGGUCUUCCAUAAAUCCUUGGCCGGAAUGGAUGGGUGUUUUACAUGGGGAUGAGAUAGAGUUUGUGUUUGGAAUGCCACUGAAUGAAGCAUGGGGGUACACAAAGGCUGAAGUGAACAUGACCAAGAAAUUUCUGAAGCACUGGGCCAACUUUGCAAGGACGGGAAAUCCAGGAAUUGAUGGAGCCGCAUGGCCCUUGUUCACCCUUGAACGGCAAGAGUAUUUCACGCUGAACUCUAACCUUCCAGAAAAAAGAAGGAUGAUGAGAGCCAAAGAGUGCUACUUGUGGAAUAAAAUGAUGCCAAGAAUACAGCAGGUUUCAGGUGAUCUACAGGCCUGUCUGACUGCAAAUGGAAGAAUGCUCCACUUCAACUGCACAUUCCUUAUCAUUUCAUUGUUUAUCAUGUUACUCCGUCUGUAAAGGGAGAAAGGGGCAAAUCUGUCUUGCAUAUAACUUGACUGUUUGAUGCCCGUAUGCAAAAGAAGGGCGGCAGGAAAUCGCCUUGUUGGUCUUUACUGCUUGGAGACCGGAUGUUCGAUGACCGACUCUGUAUCGAUUUUUGGAGAGAUGGUCGUCUACUUCCUAAGUCUUGAUCGAGUGAGGCCACCCCCUCACAAUUGACAACUGUACAUUGCACGCGCACCCACGUAAUCUAUUUGUGCACGUGUGUGGACUCUGUUUAUGAGUAAUGCUUGCAACAAGAAUUUCCAGCAGAGUUAAUAGAAUUUGCCUUCAUGGGAAACACUGUGUAGCCUCCCCCUUCCAGUCAAAAAUUUCUUGACGUAGGAGCAGUAUAACAUACAAUAUGACUUAUAAUAUGUUGUCGUUGCUGAUGGUGUAGUGUUGCACUCGUCUGACUUGUGUGCCGGCAGCGUGGGAUCAGUUCCCAUUCAGUGGCGGUGUGGAUGUGGGUGUUGAUGUUCGUUUGUCUCUAUAUGUGCCCUGCCACUGACUGGUGACCAGUUCGGGGUGUAGUCCACCUCCCGGCCUAAGUCAGCUGGAAUAGGUUGCAGCUCCCCCACUGCGACCCUGUUCAGGUUAAGCGGUGUUGAAAAUGGAUGGAUAAUAUUCUAUAUUAUGCAAUACUACACAAAUCGCUACUAUACAGAAAGAUAUUAUAGAAUAGAAUCGAAUGGCAUAGAGAGUGUCGUGCAGCAUUUGAGGUUAUUUUAGUCCUUGCAAAGUAAUGGAUAUUUCACUGGACUCUGUUCUGCUCCGCUGCGACUGCAGACGUACUUUAUUAACUUCUGGCUUCUUUUAAAAUGAUCAGAUUCAAACUGUCAGUUGUGUGCCUUUUUUUUUUUUUUGUGAAGAUGUAUUCAUCUUAAAACAAGAUCUGAAUCAAGAUGUUGGAGGCAGCUGAGGUCAAAAAUGUGGGGAAACGGAGUAAUUUUAAAGUGAUCGUCAAACGUCAAAGGAUAAUUGUGCUAUGUGAUUACAAGUAAAAUUGGCAUUUUGGAAUGAUA